AUGAGCAAUUCACCCACCCAUUUACUUCGAAAAGUUUCAACAGUUUCUAGUGUAUUAUUGGAUAAUGUAGAGCCUCUAUCUGCUGGUACUAGUAGUGCAGAUUUGUUUAAUUCAUGUAAAAGUUGUAUAAGUAAUAAUUCAAAUAAAAUCAUUGACGUUAAAAAUAAUGAUAAUGCAAAUAUUCAAAUUAAUUCAAAAAAUAGCAGUAGAGUAACCAUAAAAGAUUUUAACUUUGCUAGACCGCCGGAUGUUAUCGAAUAUAAUUCUGAUCUUGGUGAAAGAAAAAAAGAUAUGCCUAAUAUUUUAGGAUCCGAAAUAGUACGAGAUUUAAUAUCAAGGCAGAGUGAUAUUGGUAUUCAAAAAUUUAACCUUUGCAUUGAUUUAAUUAAACAUAAAUCAAAUAAGAAAUCAAAUUUUAAAACUCUAAGUUAUAUUAGUGAUCGCUUACUAAAUGAUUUAAAUUUUAAAGAUAAGUAUCAAAAAAGGUUAUCAGAUGGGAAAUCCAUUAUAUUUAAUGAUAAAAUACUUUUACAAAAUAAUUGGCAAAAUUCAAUAAACUGUUCAACUACGACAGAUACUUCAUUGUAUCAAAAUUUUGAAUUAUUAAUUCAUUAUUCAAAUAAACUUAAUAAACAAUCCUUUACGUAUGAUAAUUCAUUAUUACCAUUGCUAUUAAAAAAAGAAUAUAUAAAUUCUUCAUUUUCAGUUAAUACCUUAAAACAGAGUAAACGCCAAGUAUUUUUAAAAACUCAAUUAAUUGAAUUGGAAAAUCAAAUUUUAAUGGACAAAUUAAAUGAAUUAGAUAAUUUAUUACAAUAUUUAAAUUCUAAAAAGCACAAAAUUGUUAAAAAGAUUAAUUAUCUGGAUAAUGAAAAACAAUUAACCAAUAAUUUAACCAAAAAUAUUAAUGAAAGAAUAGAUUUCUUACAAGAAUAUAACCUCUAUAAAGAAAAUUCUGAAAAUAAACUUGAUAUCGAAUUAAUUGCAAACGAGAAAGAUAAAAUAACUAUAAGUAAUGAUGAUUCAAGUAUAAUCACAUCUACUACUUCGAUAAAUAUGAGAGAUAAUGAUGAAUAUCUACAAAGAAAUAAGGAUGAUUAUAUAAUCCGAAAUAUUCAUUGUGAUAAUAAAAAUUUUAAUAUUCAUUAUGAUAAUUUAUUAAAUUAUAAUGUUCCUAGUAUAAGAAAAUACUAUGCAUCAGGAUCAAAACUUGGUACGUUAGAAAAUUAUAAUGAUUCGAAUAGUAUAUCAUGUCUUGAUUUUGAUAUACCAUUUGGUAAAUUAUAUUCUACUAACAAAUUAGAUAAUUCAAUUAAAGUAUGGGAUUUAAAUAGGUUCAAACAAAUUGGUAUUAAACAUAAAGCACAUUUAACAACGAUUAAUUGCAUUCAAUUAUAUUCCACAAAAGAUUUAUUAAUUACUGGUGGUAAGGAUGCCUUAGUUAAAUUAUGGGAUAUUCAAUCGGAAAAAUUUUGUGAGGAUGAAGAAGAAAAUUCUAUUGAACCAUUGAAUGAAGAUUCUAUUUCUUUAAAAUCAUUGUUUGACUUACAUUCUGAUGAGAUUACAUCGCUAUUUAUGCAUGAGAAUAAUUUAGUAACUGGGUCACAAGAUAAAACUAUUAUACAUUGGGAUUUAAAUUCAGGUAAAAAUAUUCAAUCAUUAUUAAUUGGGUUUCCAAUGGAAAAUCAAACUGUAAAUUAUAUUGACCAUAAUAGAAAGAAUAAUUUUCGAGUUGAAAAUAAACCAAUAAUUGGAGCUUUACAAUGUUUUGAUUCAGCUUUAGCUACUGGAACAAAAGAUGGUAUUAUACGAUUGUGGGAUUUAAGAUCUGGUGAAAUUGCUAGGAAAUUAAUAGGUCAUCAAGAUGCAAUUACUAGUUUAAAAUUUGAUACUAAUAAUAUUAUUAGUGGAUCAUUAGAUGGUAGUACAAGGAUUUGGGAUCUAAGACAAGAUCAAUUGAUUGAUUUGUUUAAAUAUGAUUUGCCAAUAAAAUCAUUAGAUUUCGAUGAUAAGAAUAUCGUUAUUAAUACAUUUGGUAAUUCUAGAAUAAAUGUUUAUAAUAAAUUAACACAUGAACAUUCGGAUCAUUGCAAUAUAUUAGAAGAUAAUCACUCUGUGGAAUAUUUACGCUAUAAGGAUGGUUAUUUAAUCGAAGGUAGAAAUGAUGGUAAAAUUAAUUCUUGGGUAAUAUAG